AUGGCUGCCAGGAGGAACAACCCUUCAGGUAUAGUUCCUAUUAUACAGAACAUUGUAUCGACGGUAGAUUUGGACUGUGCAUUGGAUCUUAACCACAUAGCACUGCAUUCUCGCAAUUCUGAGUUCUUUCCUAAGCGUUUCUCCGCUGUGAUUAUGAGAAUCAAAGAUCCCAAAACUACUGCCUUGAUUUUUGCCUCUGGCAAGAUGGUCUGCACAGGUGCAAAAAACGAAACGCAGUCUAAACUUGCUGCCAGGAAGUUUGCAAGAAUUAUUCAGAAGCUAGGGUUUCCUGCCAAGUUUAGAGACUUCAGGAUUCAGAAUAUUGUUGCCUCUUGCGAUGUUCAAUUCACUAUCAGACUUGAGAAGUUUGCCUGCACAUCCCAUGGUGCCUUUUCCACCUACGAACCUGAACUCUUCCCUGGCCUUAUCUACCGCAUGAAACAACCAAAGCUUGUGUUGCUUAUCUUUGUCUCCGGGAAGGUUGUGAUCACUGGAGCCAAGAAAAGGGAUGACUUCUACACUGCCUUCGACAACAUAUACUCCGUUCUUGCAGAGUUCAAGAAGUAA